AUGGGCCCAAAGUCUAAGGUGUUCGUGCCACUCUACGUGUACCCCGCCCCUGGAGCGUGGACGCCGCUGGAAAAUGUGAUUUCUGCUCACCCCGACGUCAACUUUACCAUUGUCAUCAACCCGGGCAAUGGGCCCGGGCCUGAUACUCUGCCCGAUGCCAACUAUACUCGAGAAAUCCCGACGAUUGCUUCCUACGAGAACGUGCGUCUACUGGGUUAUGUCCACACUACUUAUGCCAAGCGCAAUGUUUCCCUAGUUCGCGAGGAUAUCAAAACCUACGCGGCGUGGCCGACUGCCUCCAAUCUGCAUCUCGCAGUGCAGGGCAUUUUCUUCGACGAAACGCCUCAGCAAUAUAGUGCACACUCACUGGCAUAUUUACAGGAUUUGGCCAAUUUUGUCAAGGGCCUGGAUGGUCUUGGGCCCAAUCAGUUUGUCGUUCACAAUCCUGGCACUAUUCCAGACUCGCGCUACUUGUCAAUAGCCGACUCGACUGUCGUGUUCGAGGAAACUUAUAGUACGUUCCAGCAACGGCAGGGUGCCAAAUUGUUCACGAGCAUUCCGGAAAGCAACCGCACCCAAUUGUGCGCCGUUGUUCAUUCGGUCCCGGACGAUAUCGAAGGCAGAGAGCUUCGCGGUCUCGUUAAGCAAGUUUGCAAGGUGGCAGAUGAGGUGUUUAUCACCCAUCUCAACACAGACUAUUACUCUAGCUUUGGUUCGAAGUGGGCCGAGUUUGUCGAUUUGAUGGCAGCUCAAUGA